AUGUAUUUAAUGCGGGAGUUUCCUGUUAGCUUCAGAGGUUUUGCGAGCAGAUUGUGCGGGAUGGAAACGCGGUGUUUAAGUCUUCUACUGGUCUGUGUGCUGUCAGUGUGUCAUGCUACAGCCGAGAAUGCCAGCGUUAAAAAGAUGAAAAUGCAAUAUACUGGAAUGCCACUGCUGAAGUUUCAGAUUUGCGUGUCCUGAGGGUACAGGCGGGUGUUUGAAGAGUACUCCCGGGUUCUCACCCAGAGGUACCCAGACAUCCGCAUCGAGGGAAAAAACUUCCUGCCACAGCCUAUAUACAGGCACAUAGCUUCCUUCCUCUCUGUCUUCAAAUUUGUAGUGAUUGGUUUAAUUAUCCUGGGCAAGGACCCUUUCACAUUUUUCCAUACGGAGACUCCAGGAAUCUGGCUUUGGGCACAAGAGAAUAAGAUAUAUGCCUGCAUGAUGGUGUUCUUCCUCAGCAACAUGAUUGAAAACCAGUGCAUGUCCUCUGGCGCCUUUGAAAUCACACUUAAUGAUGUGCCUGUAUGGUCAAAGCUGGAGUCAGGCCACCUACCCUCCAUGCAGCAGCUGUUGCAGAUUCUGGAGAAUGAGAUGAAGCUGAGCGUACACAUGGACUCUCUCCCCCACAGACGGGCGUAAGGCUGCAGGAACUGAACAGACCGGCUGUGACUUGUGUGUGAUGUGAGCCAUUGGUGUGUGAGACGGCAUUAAUGAAGGUUUGCACUGAAUGCAGUGUGUCUGCUAGUGCAGGCUGGAUGUCCAGUCCCUCUCGCUGCUCCAUGAGUCUGCUGUACACACAGCCGCUCUGCAGUCUUCGGCCAAUAAGAACAUGUCCUGUUAAGU